AUCAUUUCUCAGGAUAGGAUGAUGAGUUACAGAAUAUCUUUUUUCAAUCUGCUUGGAUUGUAUCUAAUAUUUUCUGAGGAUCACAGUGGAUGCUGUAUGGACACUGUUUGGCAGCCACCAAAACUGAGCAUUAGUCCUCUGCAGGCUGUCAAUGACAAGCAAAGCCUUAUGGUGAGCUGGCUGAUAAACCACACUGACUUACUGCAUGGCAUUUAUGAGAUCCAGGUCAGCCGCACUGAAAACCACAUGAUUAUUUACAAUAGAAACGUGAGUGUGGCCUCUGCAGAUUUAUAUGAAUACACAUGGACAUGGACCUCUGAUCUGCCUCUGGAGUGUGUUGAUCACUCAGUUCGGAUACGACAUUUCUAUAAUCAGUCUGUCCCAAGCCCCUGGAGCAACUGGGUAACCAACCAUGGAGCUGAGGUAAAGGAUAAGACCAAGAUAUUUCCCCUCGAACGGGUGCUGAGGGAGGGCACCAGUGCAAUGUUCUGCUGUGUUCCCCGGAGAGGAGUCGACAUCACCAGCAUGGAAUACAAAAAAAAAAAACAGCAUCUUAUCAGCAUUGGAACGAGGGUCAAGGCUAUCGCUGUUGACAAUUUGACCAUCCCAACGUCAUUCUAUAAAGUUCUGUUGGUCAGUUGCAAUGAUACAACAGGCAACACAAUUCAUGCCUGGAAUUACAUCAGCUUUCCUCCGGAGAAGCCAAGAAACCUCAGCUGUGUGACCUCAGACAUGAAAACUAUCAAUUGCACCUGGGAUCCAGGCAGAAAACGAGACCUGUCUGAUGGCAACACGCGAACACAGACUCUCCAUAUAGUAAACACUGACCAGGCUCCCAUCAGCUGUGAGGAGUCAUCCUGUAAAUUCCCAGCUGUCCCACAACUGGAAGAAUACAACAUCAGUUUGGUGGUGAGGGAUCAGCUGGGAGAAGAGACAGCAAACUACAGUUUCAACUUCUUUGACAGAGUUUUUCCUGUAGUGGAGUGGGACAGAGUGAGCCCUGGGGUGACAGACACCACUGUAUCCUGGAUCGUGCAGGGAAACCUGAGUCAACUAGACCUCCUUUGUCAGGUCACCACAGACCCUGGCAGCAUCAACUUUCUGACCUCUGGCAAUGUGAGUGUAAAACUGGAACAUCUGAUUCCCAACACCCACUACUCUACUAGGGUAUGCUGCUCUGUCAAUGGCAGACUCUGGGGAGACUGGACACAACCCAUAUUCUUUACAACCUAUCCGUUGGUGACUUUGGAUUUAUGGAGGAGAAUAAAGCAGUUGUCCUACCUACACAGUCGUCAAGUUACUCUAUUGUGGACUCCGCAUAUUGUUGGCACAGCAGCCACGGUAAACAUCCAAGGCUACACAAUUCAGUGGUUGCAGGAAGGCCAAAAUAGGACUGAGUGGAAAGACAGCAGACAGACCCAAGCAGAGGUCUCCAUCGGUCCAGAGCAGUGUGACUUCACUGUGCAAGCUGUCCUGCACACAGACUCCUCCAUACCUGCUCACAUCACCAUCCCACAGAGGGAGGACAGUGAAAGCCUCUCAGUAGAGAAGCAGUUCAGCAGUGGCUCAGCUUCUGGUUUCAAUCUGUCCUGGGAGGAACAGGACACUGCUACCUGUGGCUAUACUGUGGAGUGGUGCAUUCUGGGAGGUGCGGUACCUUGUACUCUGACAUGGGUGACGAUACCAGAGGGAAACACCACAUUGUUCCUACCUGCUCGAAAUUUUACAGCAGGUUGUAGGUAUAAAUUUAAUAUCUAUGGAUGCACACAAAAUGGACACAGACUACUGGAGAUACAGACUGGAUACUCACAGGAACUUGAAUCUGUACAGUCCCCGAGUCUGGUUGAACCUGUUCAGAGUACUUCCUCAUCCGUGACACUGGAAUGGCGUUACAAUGAGGAUGAUCCGGCUCAUCCGGCAUUCAUCACUGGUUACCUGGUUACAGUGCAGGAAGUAGGGUCUGAUAGGCCGCCGCGUCAUUUGACAAUUGAGGAACCUCAGAGGAAGUCUGUGACAGUAGAGGGUCUGCAGCAGAGCCAUGAGUACGCCUUUUCUGUGAGUGCCCUGACUAAGGAGGGGCCUGGACAAGCAACCCACAUCACCGUCAGGACCAGAGCCGACUAUUCUGCUCACUUGGCCAAGAUACUGACUCCCAUCUUGCUUCUGCUGGGCUGCACAGUCCUUCUGUGGCCUCAAAGGAGAAUGCUGAUAAAAGGGCUGAAGGAGAUAUUUGUUUAUCCUGCUGGUAUGCGCAUCAAAAUCCCUGAGUUAGGCAGCUUCCUUGAUCAGACUGGUGAGUGGCUGCAGACGCAGAGGGUGGAGGAGUGCAUCAGCUGUGACAUUGAGAUCCUAAAUAUCAGACCUCCGCUGAAUCAAACAACCACUCUGAGAGAUCCUGAGCUCCUGAACACACCGUCCUCUGUUUUCCAAUCCUCGCCUUCGUCCUUGUCACCUUCAUGUGAGCCGCUCCAUUCAGACUACUGUCCACAGUCAGCUACAGUGUUCUGGGACACACAGACCCUUCAGGAAAUCACAUAUAUUGCAAACAAGACUUACUUUCACACCAUGAAGGAGGAUUUGUCUGAGCCGCAACAAGAUGAAUCCAGUGAAAUCACCAGCUUUGAACCCUCUGAGUGUCUGCAGGAAUCAUGUUGUGUAAUAUAUGGUUACAUCUCCAAUGAAACUUUAUAAGUAAAAUGUCCAAGUCGAAGCUGAACAUUUUUGAAAUUUAUAUGUACAGUAUGUUCAUAUUUUUCAUUUCUUCAUUUCAAGAGUGCCAGUGCUGUAAAUAGAUGCUUUGUUCAUCAGACAUAAUGUGAGUCUGCUCAUUUUUAAUGUAAAGGAGUUAAUGUUUUUGAAUUCAUGCCACAUUUUAACAUAUGCAAUUUGUGAUUUGAUUAUGUCUUAGUUUGGAAAACAGACAUCAUGAUAACACUGUAUGUGAGCACAAAAAAACAAAGAAGGUAAUCUAAAUAGCAUUUUAAACAACCCUGCUGCAGUAUAGUUCAAAAAUGAAUCUGCUGACACUGUCAUAAGUGAAGUAUAUAUAGCAGCAAGAAAGCAACUGACUAAAAAGAUUUUGGUAAACUAAGAAGGAACUAGAGAUGUUAUCUACAGGAUGCAACCCGUCACAUUGAUAAGGCAGUUGAACGUUUUAUCAGGCAGCGUGAGAAGACAGUAACAUGAAGAAAGGUGUGCAUACUAUCUGGACUUUUACAGUAUACUUAUUACUUGCUGGUAUUAUCAAAACAAAUUUACACAUAAAAAUGUGUUAACACAAAAAACAUAUCAAAAUUGAUAGGAUUUAGUAUGUAUAGGUUACAUUAGGGAUAGAAACAUCUUACAUAUUCAUGCAAUAGUUCAAAGCAAAUAGACAAAGUAAAAUGAGAGGAGGUGCUUAUAGUUUACAGGAAGAUGUUUGGAGACUUUGAAUUCAGCUUUCUGUGGUUUCUCCAUAAAUGACUAAUGGGUGAGAGGUUUUUACGGUUAAAAGGCUCUGACUCAGAUAUUAGAACAUACAGGAAACUCACACUUAAAGUCCCUGUACCUGUCAGAACAAAUCACACAUUUGACAUUAGCAGAAAUCUACAAGUCUUCUGCAGUCACAAAUCCCAUUUUCCUGCAAAUAUGCAGCUCAUGAUAAGACAUUUGUUUUGCUUGUAAUGUCAUUCGAUAUAAAUGUGUAUCUGGUGUGCUUUUACAUUGUGUUUUCAUGACAUAUUCUUCUACAGGAGAUGGUCAUUUUACCUUGUCAUAGACUGUGCGUUUAGUAAGAUGGUGUCUACUUUGUGUAUAAAUGUGUUGAAUUCUGAAGAGCCAGAAUAAAUCAGAUUUUUGAAGGUCA